AUCAAUUUCCCCGCGAGGCUGUUACGAUUCCUUUCUCUUUUUUCUCCCCUUUUGAUACUUGGGAACCCUUUUGGCCUUCGCUCCUUGAGCUUUGUUUCUUCUUCCUCUUUCCGCUUCGUUGCCGCUCGCUUGUAUUCGUCGGCUUCAAGCCCCCAGUGUAGGAAAAAAAAGGUGAUCCCUAAAUAUGGCCGACCACGAGUCUCAAGCAACUCGACCGCACCAGCAAUUGGGUGACCCUGAUGCCAAAGUUAUGGCUGCUGAUGGAAUGGAAAAGGAGACCUCUCCUGAUUCGCGGUCCAUUGAAGCAGGAUAUGUGACCAAGGAGGGCCAACUACAUGAAACGCCGGACGGUGAAGAGCCAACAGAGGAAGAGAAGCGUACCUUGAAGCAUGUCCCCGAAAGUCUACCCAUCUCCGCUUGGCUUGUCGCUAUUGUCGAACUCUGCGAACGUUUUACCUUCUAUGGUAUGCAAGGUUUGUUCCAGAACUAUAUCCAAAGACCCCUGGAUGGGAGUUUGGGACGUGGAGCUCUUGGUCUGGGCCAUCGAGCGGCUACCGGCUUGAACACUUUCUUCCAGUUUUGGGCUUACCUGACACCCAUCAUUGGUGCUAUUAUUGCUGACCAAUACAUCGGAAAAUACAUGGCCAUCUUUUACUUCUGUAUUAUCUAUGUGAUCGGUCUCUUAAUCCUGGUCCUUACCUCGCUGCCAGUGUCCCUCCAAAAUGGUGCGGGCUUGGGCGGAUUUGUUGUUUCCCUUAUCGUCAUAGGUCUAGGAACUGGAGGUAUCAAGUCCAACGUCGCGCCACUGAUUGCUGAUCAGUACAAGCGGAAAACUAUGGCAAUCAAGACAACACCUGAGGGCGAGCGUGUCAUCAUCGACCCAGGCUUGACUAUUCAGCGCAUCUACAUGAUCUUCUACGCCUGUAUCAACAUCGGCUCCCUAUCCCUCCUUGCGACACCUUACAUGGAGCGAGACAUUGGUUUCUGGUCUGCUUACUUGCUCUGUCUCUGUAUUUUUGUUGUUGGUACUUGUAUCCUUGUCCUCGGACGCAAGUUCUACGUUGUUCGUCCUCCAACUGGAUCAAUUAUCACCAAUGCGUUCAAGGCCCUUGGCGUCAUGGUUAUGAACCGCAACAUGGAUGCGCCCAAGCCAUCAUGGCAAGCCGAGCACGGUGCCAACCGUACAUACCCAUGGGAUGAUCACUUCAUCGAUGAGCUGAAGCGUGCUUUGGUUGCUUGCAAAGUCUUCACCUUCUAUCCGAUCUACUGGGUCGUUUACAGUCAAUUCUCUACCAACUUUGUUUCCCAAGCCGGUCAAAUGGAACAUCAUGGCAUUCCUAACGAUCUGAUGCCAAACUUCGACCCGAUUGCCAUCAUUGUUUUCAUUCCGAUCCUCGAUAGGAUUAUUUAUCCCUUGCUCAACAAACUGCAUAUCCCUUUCCGGCCAAUCACUCGUAUUUCUUUCGGAUUUAUCGUUGCAUCAUUGGCCAUGGUCUACGCUGCUAUCGUUCAGAACCUCAUUUACACUUCGCCGCCAUGCUAUAACAUGCCACUGGCCUGCCCCGAGGCAGAGGUAGAUGGUGUGAAGCAAGGAAACAGGAUCCACAUUGCUAUCCAAGCACCUGCAUAUAUGUUGAUUGGUAUUUCUGAAAUUUUUGCUUCCGUCUCUGGGUUGGAGUACGCAUACACCAAGGCGCCGCCAACGAUGAAGAGUUUCGUUCAGUCUAUGUACCUUUUGACGAACGCGUUUGGCGCUGCUCUUGGCGAGGCCUUGACGCCGGUCGCUCACGAUCCGGAGAUCAUCUGGCUGUUUACUGGGUUGGCCUGCUCGUCCUUCACAGCUGGUGUCCUUUUCUGGAUCGUCUUCCGUCACCUGAACGCCAAGGAAGAGGAUAUGAAUGCUUUGGAUAAGGACGACACGGUGGAGAGCAACUAGGUGGCUUCAUUUUUGUUUAAUUAUAAUCUCCCAUUCACCUUCCGAUACCCUCUCACGCGAAACGGAUCAUGCGACUAUGGGAGAGAUGGCUUGUAUAUAGAUUAUACAUGGGAUAUCCAUGAACAUCUUGGUUGCAUGUAUGGGUUAUUAAUGUCAUAUACUUACGUACAAGCAAUACCACUCGAGAAUUUUCUCUGG